UCCCUUUUCUCUUUGUGGGGUGUCUGUUGUGUUGUGAUGAUGCUUGUGUUGGCUUGUGUCUUCUAGUACUACGGCUGUUCAAGGUUUCCACUUGCUGAUAGCUGGAAGGUUUAUCUUAUUAUAGGUUCUUGUGGCAAGUGCUUCAAGGUUCAAUUAUUUGUUUGAAUCUAUCAUCAGAAGCUUGUUUGUGAAGGCAAAAAAAGAAACACAACUGGAAGCAAGAUGUGGCAAAGAAACCACAAGUCUUCAGAGGAGAGGAAACUGGAGCUUAGGCUUGGUCCACCUGGUGAGGAGUCUCUCAAUGAAAGCAUAAAAAAUGGCAACAUAGGAAGAGAUGAAUCAUCAUCACUCCCGCUUGGUUACUUCUCAACUCAGAAAAUUUCUACUUCUGACAAACCAGGUCCAGGUGGGGUUAUAUUGCCCCCUGUGUGGCCUUCCACAUCCUACCAUCACCACAGUCAACACCAGGCUAAAGCUUCAUCAUUUCUUAGGCUUCCAUCAAGCCCGAAAAACAUGCUAGUGAUGGGAAAGGAUGUGUCACAGCCCUGUUGCUUAGACUUGCAGGUUGCAGAGAAAAAAGAAUUCAGACCCUCUUCUUCAUAUACAGCUGUGUCCAAAAGAAAUGCUUCUGGGCCAGUAGUGGGUUGGCCACCAAUUCGUUCAUUUAGGAAGAACAUUGCUAGUGGAAGCUCUUCUAAACUGCCAUCUGGGUCCCAACAACAUCAUCAACAUGUUGUUCCAGACAAGUUUGCUAGUCACAAACCUACUCACAACUCUGGUAAAGGCUUGUUUGUGAAGAUCAAUAUGGAUGGAGUUCCCAUUGGGAGAAAAGUGGACAUCAGUGCUUAUGAUAGCUAUGAAAAGCUUUCCUCAGCUGUUGAUGAGCUCUUUAGAGGCCUCCUUUCAGAGAUGAAUUUAUCUCACAUUAUCUCUUCCCGCUGCUGUUCUGCUCAAAGAGAUUCCUCUGCUAGUGGAAUUCAAAACAAGGAAGAGGAAGAGAAAAUGAAUAUGGGUUUAUUGGUUGGAAGUGGGGAAUAUACUCUUGUUUAUGAGGAUAAUGAAGGAGACCGGAUGCUAGUUGGGGAUGUGCCAUGGCACAUGUUUGUGUCAACAGUGAAGAGGCUGAGGGUGUUGAAGAGUUGUGAUCUUCCUGCUUUUACCCUUCAAUUGGAGGCUUCAACUUAACUGAGAAGAAUGAGUUCAUUAUUCCCCCACGGUUUUGUUUUGGUUGUGAUCAAUGGUUGAAGUCAACUAGCUAAACCACUUGGCUUGGCAAUGAGAGAUGAAGGAUGGGGCUGUUUGAGGCCUUAUUCCAUGAUGAAACUUGAAGUGUUUUUAUUUGACUUUUUACUUUUUGCUUGUCAGUGUUGAAGAUCAGGGAAUGAAAUGUUCAACUUAAAAGUUAAAUUGUAUGAAUUUAU